AAACAAUCUUUCUCCUACAAAUUUAUCAUUUUCCUUCUGUCGAGAUGGCUUCUAAAACUAUUGCCAUUGUACUCCUCUUCAACAUCAUCUUCUUCACUAUGGUUAAUGCUCAAUGUCCCCCAGACCAACUUGUUGUUAAUGUAUGUGCAAGUUUGUUGAAUGGAGUGGUUGAUGUUUCUCUGCCAGCAGGAUCUUCUCCUUGUUGUCCCCUUCUCAGUGGUAUCGUGGACGCAAACGCUGCCGCAUGUCUUUGUAGUGCAGUUCGGGCUAAUGUCGGAAACUUUGUUAACCUGAACAUUCCAGUAGCAGUCAGCUUCACACUCAACCAUUGUGAGCUUCCAACGGAUUUUCAGUGCAUUUGAAUAAUUUUUUAUUGUUUUUCUAUAUUUCUUGCGUCCUUUUAUGUCUUUUUGUUUUUAAAACAAUAAUUUGUUUUUUGUCUCAUUUUGACCAAUAUUACUGGUUAUGGUUGCGAGUUUAUUGUUUUUCUCCUUGAGUUUGUUCUCUUGAGGUCUUGAAAUUAAUGUAUUUAAUAAAAGUUUAACUUUGAAUGGACCUAUUUG